GACAUCCAGGAGGAAGACAAGGUCCCUAUUAAGUCAUUUAAUCUGAGUCAAUCAGAGUCAACAGUGUCCACAAGUCCAACAGAUCUUCUGAGUCCAAGAACAACAGAAGUUUUCCUGAGCCCAGGUGAGACAGAGGUGACAACAACAGACCAAUUCCCAGUUGAUCUAGAAGACCACAUUAAAAGUCUUGAUUCGCUUCUGAGUCAGAACGAACCAGAUGCAUGUUGGAGUCCAGUUGAUACUAAAGGAUGCCUGAGUCCAAAUGUUGAGGAAGACGAGGAUGAGGAAGCAUGUCUUAAUCUGACUGAGGCAAAUGCACAUGUGAGACCAGUCGAGAAAUACAUUCUGUCAACAAAAGAGAAAAGUCCGUCCUUAUCUUUCAGCAGAAAGUGCACUUUGCCAGAAGAGGGCAGACAUAGAGGAGGCACCACUCCAGUGAAAGACGGCGAGAGUCUGACUUUUAAAUUGUUUAAAGGUAAAGAAGGAAGGAAACACACUCAUGGUUCACACAUAGAUUCUGAACCAACCAAUCAAGAGAGCGACCUGCAGCCGAGCAACCGUCUGGGAAGCUUGGAUUUCAGAUGUCCAGGUGGUCGAAGCAGUUUUGGAGACGAAGCUCUGUAUCACGAAAGUAUCAGAUACAAGUACAAAGAUAACAACAAUGUCCAGAGUCCAGGUGGCUGCAGUAAUUCAGGAGGCACCACGGAUCUUAGUGUUACGGUGGCUAAUCCAUCGACUGUACUGAGUAGAAAUGCAGAAGCUGCUGCUAAUGAGAGAACACAGGGACGUUUUAGGCGUGUCAGUGGAGAGCGGAUGGUUUAUAGCGGCAGUUUGGUUGAUACGAGAAUGAGCAUACCCACCACAGGAAGUGACGAAAGCCUGUCAUUGGCCGAAGGGUCUGCGAUGAGUAAAACACAAACAGGGAGGUUUACUGGUCAAGGAAGUGGGGAGUGGAUGGUUUAUGGAGGCAGUCUGAGACGUAGAGGUAGCGUUGAUGCUAGUGCUAGCUUACCCAGUGAGGGUAACAAAGAAAGCCCGUCAGUAUACCUCAUGACAAACCCAGAGGAGACAGGGAGGUUUGGCAGCAGAGGCAGUGGAGAAUGGAGGGUUUAUGGAGGGAGAACAGGACAUAUGAGCAGCCCGGCUCGCAGCUACAUCUUAGCUAAUACUGAGGGCGUAGAAAACCUGUCAGCAGCCGCACAACUAGCUGCCAGUCCACCACCUGCACGAGCAGGGGGGAGAUUUGGCAGUGCAGGAAGUGGGGAGUGGAGAGUUUAUGGCAGGAGUGCUCCACGUUUGAGUCGUGCCGCUAGUGCAGACAGGAUCAGUGCUAAUGAUGGCCAAGUGAUGAGUCUGCUAAGUAGCUACAUGAGCAGUGGACCGAGACUUAGCAGUGCUGGGAGUGGUGGAAGCUCAAGCAGUGUUGUCAGGCGCAGCCGGAGCGUAGGAAGCGGUGGUAAGUUGAGCAGCUCCAAUAGCGCUGACAGACUUAGCAGCUCACCUGGCGGCCACAGGAUUAGCUGCUCUGGAAGAGUCGCUUACACUGGCAGUGGUGAAUGGAAACCUGUUUACAGCUCAGCUAGUGGACGCAGGAGCAGUGUGGGGAGUGCAGGACGAUCAGAUGGAGGGAGGACGACCAGCAGCGAAAGAGCGCAGAGCCCUGCGGGUAAGAUGAAUGUCAGCGGGGGUAGCGGCACCGCAAGUGGGUCUAAACUCUGCGGCAUGGGAAGCACUGAGAGAGUCGGCAGCCGAGCUGGAGGAAGGAUCAGCAGCUCCUCUGGUUUAGGGAGGACCAAUAGCACAGGGGGGAGGAUCAUCAGCAGCAGCGACCGGCCAAUCAAGAGCACCGGCAGUGGAGCUGGGGGCAACAAGGAGAGAAUCAGUGUCUGUAAGAUGGCGGCACUGUCGAUCUCAGCCGCGGGAAGGGAGCGAAGUCAGGACAGACAGAGACAAGCUCAUCGGAGGUUCCAACAACCGACCACAGCCAAAACUCCGCUCGUCCAACGCUGGUUGACCACAGGCGUCGGGGUAACGAGCGCCGAUCCUGAUGGUCUUGAUGACAUCAUUACAGUGACUGAAGAUCUGCGUCAAUGAGGCCCAAUGUUUUUUUUUUCUGCUGACAAACAGACAAACAAACAAAAAACUGACGCAGGUGAAACCAUGACCUCGUGUCGGAGGAAGAUUUGUUUCUAUAAAGCAGUUUGUAUUUUAUUGUGUACGUUUCAAAAUCAAAGGACGUUUGUAGAUAAAAGUUCAGGAGAAAAUAAGACGAUACUUUUAUUUUCUCAUUAACAUCAGAAACACGUCACUUUUUUAAUUCA